UUCAAUUCACUCGAAAUACGCUCAUUAAAUUUGCACAAUGCACGCGGUGCAUGCCACCCAGUGUCAAGUUUAAAACUUUAAGGGCCGCAAGCAACCAACAACAGAUUAGUGGGGUCGCAAAAAACACGCAUAGUGAAUAAUCUACGAUUGCUGAACGACGAUUAAGUUGCAUUUAAAUCAAAUGCGGGUAAUUUUUAACAUUCAUGUUCAAAGGUAUUUGUAUUCGCCACCCGAUUUCCUAUCUGUUUUGGCAGUUUUCAAUCGCCCGACAAGCCAAACGGACAUGAACAACGGCACAGUGGGAGCUCCGAGGAAUCACAGCAACUAUGUGAUUCCCGGUCUGUAUGACCUCUCCGUGGAGGACACCAACUGGGUCCUCACCUCCUCCUUCAUCAUCUUCACCAUGCAAACGGGAUUCGGUAUGCUGGAGUCCGGUUGUGUGAGCAUCAAGAACGAGGUGAACAUCAUGAUGAAGAACGUGAUUGACAUCGUUCUGGGCGGAUUUACUUACUGGCUCUUUGGCUAUGGAAUGAGCUUCGGCCGCGGCCCACUCUCCAAUCCAUUCAUCGCCAUUGGAGACUUCAUGCUGGAUCCGCCGGUGGGCGAUGCCCUGAUGGGACAGAUCUUUGCCGCCUUCCUGUUCCAACUCUCGUUUGCCACCACGGCGACAACUAUAGUCAGCGGCGCCAUGGCUGAACGUUGCAACUUCAAGGCAUACUGCCUGUUCUCCUUCCUGAACACCGUUGUGUACUGCAUCCCCGCUGGUUGGGUGUGGGGAGAGCAUGGAUUCCUCAACAAACUAGGCGCUGUGGAUAUCGCCGGCAGUGGACCAGUGCAUCUGAUUGGAGGCGCAUCCGCCUUCGCCUCGGCCGCCAUGUUGGGCCCUAGGCUGGGUCGUUACUCCGAGGGAUAUGACCCGCUGCCAUUGGGCAAUCCUGUCAACGCGUGUAUGGGUCUGUUUGUGCUCUGGUGGGGCUGGCUGGCCUUCAAUUCGGGCAGCACCUAUGGCGUCAGUGGGGCUAAGUGGCAGUACGCUGCUCGAGCCGCCGUUAUGACCAUGAUGGGAUCUUUCGGAGGCGGGUUCACCAGCUCUAUCUAUUCCUUUUGGCGCCAUGGAGGCGGCAUGGACAUCAUGGAUCUGAUCAAUGGAGUGCUCGGCUCCCUGGUGUCCAUAACGGCCGGCUGUUUCCUGUACCGCGCCUGGGAAGCCCUCGUUAUCGGAGCCAUUGGCUCGCUGUUCUGCGUGCUAGCCAUGCCGCUUUUUGAUCGCAUGGGCGUGGAUGAUCCGGUGGGAGCCAGUGCGGUGCACGGAGUUUGCGGCAUCUGGGGCGUUAUUGCCGUGGGACUGUUUGCGGAUAAUCCUGUUCCCCUGGACACGACCAACGGACGCAGUGGUCUGUUCAAGGGCGGCGACUGGUAUCUGCUGGGCAUUCAGACGCUCUCGGCAUUCUGCUUGGUCUGUUGGGGCAUCUGCUCCACCUUCCUGCUGCUGUAUGUGAUCAACAAGAUUAUACCCAUUCGCAUGGAUCCACACGAGGAGCUGCUGGGCGCCGAUCUAACCGAGCACCGGAUUCGGCACUCACAAAUCGGUUUAUCGCGAGCCAUUUCAGCUUUGGCGCCCAUUAAGGUGGACCUUAAGGAAAUCGCCGGCAUCCAGCCCAUCGGCAUCAAUCCUGGCCACGAGCGCAGCAUAGAUCAGCUGCGAGCGGCAGAGGACAAAUUGCAGCAGUGGCAAUCCUACCUGGAGCAGGUGAGUGGUCCGCGAGCCAACCUAAAAAUGGACGCCGGUCAGACGCCCUCCGACAUCAACUUUAAGUCCAAGACGGCGGGCAACGUCUUCAGCCGUCGAAACCCAGCCCGGAGGAGCAUCAGUGGUGGCCUGUACCGAUCCAACAACAGCGAGUUACCGGUGAUAGGUUCUGUGAACCUACCUCAAAAGCCGGAAAAGGAUCCCAACUUUGCCUGGGUUGAUUAGACCUUUCUAAUAACUGAAGUCACAAAUUUUAAGAGAUUUCAAUGACCCAACAGUAAAAUCUGAUGAAAUCUGGCCGCUCAAAAUGUUUACUUAAGCCUCUAGAUGUUUCUGCCACGUCAGUUUGAUUCGGAUAAAACAGUCUAGAUGGUUCUUUAAUGGAGUGACUAAUUGUCUAUUUACUACGUAAAGAUUAAUCCAGAAUGGUGGGUGUGGCUGCCCCUUAACUUUAUAGCUGCAUGCUCAAACACAGAGAUCGCAAACGGAAUUCAACAAAAUAAAAAAGUAAUUAUAUUUCUUCAAAAUAAUUAUACAAGCAAACUGUAUUUGUUUUUCGUUGAUAGGAUUAGUAGACUUGUUAGCGAAGGCAAUUCCAAUCUUAUUAUAUCAAACAAACCCAAUUUAGUUCUAGAAACAAUGCCCCCUUAUCACUCCUUAUCAGCUACUACUUAAAUAAGGGUUACCACGCACAUACAUAUGUAGGCAGGAAUCAAGAUAUUGUACACAUGCUGUCCUAUAUGACCACAAAACGGCACAGCUGAUAAAAUUAAUAUAUUUCACCAAGUUCCUUUAAAGCUGAAAUAAAUUCAAAUGCGCAGUAAAACACCAGCUUUUGCAAUUCUCAAAUUUAUUUAUUGAAUUCAAGUACAAGCAAAUAUUGUUUGGAUGAUCGAUCGAUGACAAUAAUAUAAUAUAUACUAUUAUGGAGCAGUGUGUUUGGUUUUGUUCUAGUAUGAAUUUAUAAUUUAUAUAAAUGAACUACGGGAGCAGUUGUCGUUUUACCCGUUUGUAGUUUGAGGGUGUUCAGUUUUGUUUAAUGUUUGGCGAGUUUCUAAUUUAGAAUCCAAGUUUGUUUAAGCAACUCUUCUACUG